UGCAGUUUUGACAGGAGGGGAGGGGAGGACAGCGUCUCAAAGCCAUUUAUCAGGAUCUGGCUGCCUCCCUCCCACACACAUCCUGGGUAUAAUGACCAUCCCACCAAGCCCUUGUCCUGCCAGCUGGAAGGUAUGUUCGUUGUACUUUCGUCUGAGCAGCAGAGUCUGUGAGAGAAAGGCAUAUCAAGAUUCUGGGUAAGUGAUCAGAUCAGAAUCAGACACCAACACCAAUUUGUUGACAUUCUAAGAAAUCUAGUAUGUCAGUUUAUGAAAGUCACAAGAAUACAUGCUUUACAAGUGCUAAAUUUUGCCUCUGUGUCUUGUAUGUAAUGUCAAUUGCAAAUAUUAAUUCAUUGCUAAUUUAUUCACAGGGCUCAGACAAUAACACACUGGUUCAGUAUACGAUUGGACAAUAAUAAUUUUGUUUUGUCUUAAACUGUUUUAUCACAUGCUAGUGUUUUAUGCCCUAAGGUUUAUUGCCUACAUAUGAUUAUUCAAACAUUUCUAUAAUAUAUGUUAUUUCCGUUGUGUUUCUGUCAUAGGAACAAAAGAGUCUUUCUGUUGCCAUCCUCACAGUGAAGCAUUCUCGUCUUCAUGACAUUGCCUUGUCCUGAGGCAGGUUCCUGCUGUAUUCUACUGCCAGCAGUGAUGUUCAUGUAUUAAGAUGCUAAGACUCUAUUCAGAAUACGUGGUAGCAUAGAAUAAAGCUUUACAAAUAAAUGGAAUCAUGUUAUAUGAAAAUUACAAAAUACCACAGGUCUACAAUCAAUAGUUGUGAAAUCAAAAUCAAAUACAGAUCUGGUUUAUUAUAUGCUUGCAACUAACUAGCUGUUUUCAUGGCUGGUGAUCAGUGCACUCUUUUUUGUUUUGUCUUUGACCAUGCAUCAAAGUUCAUGGAAUCUUAGAUCCUGGACCAGGGAUUGAACCUGGACCCUCUGAAGUGGAAGGCAGAGUCUUAAUCAUUUAAGCACCUGGGAAGUUCCUCGAACCACUGUCUUGAGUAGCCCAAUGGGAUUCAGUCCUCACUCUGCAUUAAGAAGCAGAUUUGACAAAUACUUAACCUGUCUGGGUAUAGGUUACACUCCUCUGUAUAACCAAGAUCCCUUCAGUUCCUGGCUAAUAAAUUUGUGAAGAAGAAGAAGAAGUGAUCACAUGAGUAUCUCCAGUGAUUAACUUUACAUAUUAGUUCUCUUUAAAUGUUAUACAUGGAACCCUUUAAAGGCUGCUGGUAACAGAAAACACAAGAAGCAAAUAUUUCCAAGUGGGAACUAUUGUUAAGUGGAGAAUAUUGGAUUAGAGUUGACACUAUGCAUGUAGCCCACGCCUCAUAUUCCCACGCAGGACAUUCUAACUCACAAGUACCAGUGACUGUGAACUGAGAGGAUGGCCAGCAGCUUUUUCAUAAUAGGCAUGAUCAUCUUAACACAGACCGUGAUUGGAAUCCUGGGGAAUUUAUCACUCCUUUGCAGUUAUAUCAUCCUUCAUGUCAUGGGUAACAGGUUAAGGUCCACAGAUUUGAUCCUUAAGCACCUGAUUGUAGCCAACUCCUUGGUCCUCCUCUGUAAAGGGGUCCCCCAGACAAUGACAGUGUUUGGGUGGAAGCAUAUCCGUAGUGAUUUUGGCUGCAAACUUCUCUUCUUUCUGCACAGAGUGGGGAGGGGAGUGUCCAUCGGUAGCAUCUGCCUCUUGAGUGUCUUUCAGGUGAUCACAAUCAGUCCCUGGAACUCCAGGUGGGCAGUGCUGAAAGUAACAGCUCCCAAGUAUGUGGUUCUCUCUCUUUUCCUGUGUUGGAUCCUGCAAAUGUUGGUAAAUGUAAUUUUUCCUUUCCAUAUAACUGGCAAAUUGAGUGACAAAAACAUCACAAAGGAAAAAGAUUUUGGCUACUGUUCUUCUAUUCUCACUGACAAAACCAAAGACGCCUUGUAUGCAGCAUUGCUAUCACUCCCUGAUGUUUUAUGUUUGGGGCUCACACUCUGGGCCAGCAGCUCCAUGGUUCUCAUCCUGUACAAACAUAAGCAGCAAGUCCAGCACAUUCGUAGGACCGACGCCUCCUCCAGGUCCUCCCCUGAGUCCAGAGCUACUAAAACCAUCCUUCUCCUGGGGAGCACCUUUGUCUACUUUUAUAUUGUUUCCUCCAUCUUUCAAGUACUUUUGGCUCUUUUUGAUCAACCCAGCCGUUUCCUUGUGGACAUCUCUGUAAUCAUUGCAGCGUGCUUCCCUACUGUCAGCCCCUUUCUGCUCAUGAGCCAUUACUCCAGUGUACAAAGGCUCUACUUUGCCUGGAUAAGGAAUGCAAAGUCCUUACUAUUAUGAGAAAAGUGUGAAUUUUAUUUAUUUCUAUAAUGAGCCAUUGCCAGUUCAUUUAUUCACCCUCAGAAUCCUAAUUUAAAUUUUGAAUCUCAAUAUUAUACCAGACAUGCCAAGCAUCUUCUUCAAUAUAAGACCAAUUGAAAUAUAUUGUCAUGAAAUGUGAAUAUAUCAAUUAAGUUUUCUUGUAGAAAAGGAGUUCAGAUUUAUGCAAUAAACAACAGGUCUUAAAAUAAUCUGCAUAUUAUGAAGUGUUAAAAUGUGGUACUUUCAGUCUAACAAAACGAAUUUCCCAGAAAUGAAGUAGGUAUGGAAUUAUAGAUAAAAGUAUACAUGAAGAUGGAUCAGUGUGUACAGUAGUCAGAAAUAAAAUGGAAGAAAUUAAUGUCCUCACAGAGUAAAGAAUACCCUGGUUAGCACUCGAAGGUAAAAUCAGGUAAGAGUUUGGGAGCCAGUUACAAGUUUAUAGUUAACAUUGUUAAGGGAAAUGGCAGUAUUUAUUAGUCAUGCAGGGAGAUUAGCACAUUAAAAUAUUUUCAUGUAGAAAUGAGCAGUUUGAAGUGAAGGACAAUAAAAAACACACCGAAAGAAAAAUAUAUUUCAGCAGAUUUAAAAAACUGAAAUAUAUUUGACAUAUAACAUUGUGUAAAUUUAAAGUGUAAGAUUUGGUAAUUCGUUACACAUAAAUAUUGUAAUAUGACUACAAUUCAGUUCAGUUCAGUUCAGUCGCUCAGUUGUGUCCAACUCUUUGAGACUCCAUGAAUUGCAGCACACCAGGCCUCCCUGUUCAUCACCAACUCCCGGAGUUCAGCA